AUGCAUGACAAUAGACAAGCAAAGGAUACCCACAAAGCGACGGUGGAAGCAUUUUACGUCCGUGUCAUACAUCGCGUGUGUUCUUUGUAUCAAAAUGAAAGCGAGUCGCCCUCAGACGAAGCCAUUGCUCGACUACAGCAGAAAUGGCAGGAAACAUUGAGGUUAUACACGGGAAAGCAAGAGCCUUUUCAUGCAUUGGCAGAUGAGGACGACGUUUUGGUGAUCGAGUCCUCGACUGAAAGUGAACACGUGAGUGACGAAUCAUCGUCCACAUCAUCGUCAUCGUCGAGUUCCUCUUCUGACUCUGAAACUACUUCAGAGCAAGCAGUCGGUCGACCGAGUGUACAAAUGUAUUUUGGACGGAAUAGGAUUGAAAAAAUGGUCGUGUGGUGUGUCGAUCAGCUUGGAGGUAAGCGAAAACUGCAUCAGCUAGAUGGGUCAGCAUCGGAUGCUGAGGAUGGCGUCAAACUGCAAGAAUCUGCUGAUCUGGAGUGGAGGCAAGAACUACAACGACAAAGCACAGGAGCAGCUGGAAAUUCACCAACAGCGUUGAGAGACUCGUUCGAUGAACAAGAAGACAAUUUGGGAGACGAAGUAGAAGAUAAAGAGGACAUAGAGGAGAAGGAGGCUCACCGAAUGACCUGUGAAAAAGAAGGGAAUGAAGUGGAUGCUUUGGAACUCGAUGAACAGCUAUCGCCAAGUCGAGCACAUUCAGACAUAUCAACGUCGUUGCUCGUCUCUUCGGACGAUUUGGCUCCUGUGUCGGGCCUCUCAGGCAUUAAUCUACCUUUACAGCUUGCUGCUGAGUGUUCCAAGUUCACUUACCGUGGAAAACGUCGGGGAUACACUGGUCAGCUGCAUGCAAUUGUAUUGACAUGGCCAAACAGGUUGGGGGUACGAGAAACAAUUUGUCCCGGUGAGCUAGUGUGGUGCUAUCCCAACUCAGCGCCAAGAUUUAUUGAUGAGGGAGAACUUGUAAAGGCGAUAUCGGCGGGAGACACUGGGCAUGAGCUGAAGGUUGAGCUUAGCAAUGGGAAAGAAGCUAUGGUUUCGAUGGAUAGGAUACGUCGUUUAUGCGAGUACUUAGUUCGCCGAGGUAGCGUACGCUUCAAUACCGAGCAGUAG